UAGAUGGCAAUGCAUUUCACUGAAACCGUUGAAUUUAUUUUUUGUUUUGUUUUAUUCUGUAUUUAAAUUAUAAUCAAAAUGAAAUUAUCUGUGGAUAUAAUCGAAGGUGCCGCUCAAUAUAUUAAUCCUGCUACCAAGGAUCGAGAGUUGGAUCUAAGAGGCUACAAGAUUAGUGUUAUUGAAAAUCUGGGCGCUUCUCUGGACCAGUUUGACUGCAUUGACUUCUCCGAUAACAACAUUCGCCGGUUAGAUGGUUUUCCGCUUCUUUUAAGAUUGAAAAAGAUUUUACUCAACAACAAUAGGAUUAAUCGAAUUGCUGAUGAUCUCGACCAAUGUAUACCCAAUCUGGAAUGGUUAAUAUUAACUAAUAACUCUAUACAAGAACUAGGUGAUAUUGAUGCUCUAGCGCGUUUACCUAAACUCGAAUGCUUAUGCCUUCUGAACAACCCUGUUGCCACAAAAAAAUAUUACAGAGAAUAUGUAAUUUUCAAAUUACCAACACUUCGGUUAUUUGAUUUUCGUAAAGUCAAGAUGAAGGAACGAGAACAAGCCAAGGCCUUAUUCAAAGGUAAAAAAGGUAAACAAUUGGAGAAAGAGAUUGGUAUCAAGUCGAAAGUAUUUGUCAGUGCCGCAUCAAAUGCUAAUGAUACGAAAUCGAAACAGACUCAACCUGGUAAACCCGUUCACACACCAGCUGAUGUUGAAGCUAUCAAAGCUGCCAUUGCAAAGGCUAAAACACUGGAAGAAAUUGAAAGGCUUAAUCAACUGUUGAAAGCAGGAUACGUUCCCGGCAAAUCGAUAGCAGAUGAUCAUGAAAAUUUUGAACCAAAUAAUCGCUGAGCUUUACCAAACCAACCUGUGUAAAAUAAAUUUUUUAUUUCUUUGGUAA